CACCGCCUCCCGUCUGCCAUAAUUUCUCUCUCUAACCCUAACACUCGUCUUUCUCUCCCUUUCUUUCCGGUGAUCGGAACACACACCGGCAGCCUCAUGCUGGCAGGGAUGUAAAUUCCGUCGGUGAGGGGCAAUAUUAUAGAGAUCUGUACAGAAACACCACCACCAUCGCUUGAAUCCUGCACCAAAGUAUUGUAGUCAGAGACAGACAGAGUGUGUGAGAUGAAAAAAGGAGCAGGCUGUGAAGUGGUAACAAUACUUCCUCAUAAUAAUAUUUCAUUCCAACAUGACGACGUUUUUCUAAGCUUUAGACACCGCAGCUCCCGUCCAGGUAUACAAUACAACAUUUUGGUAAUGUAUGCUUGCUUUUAUAUAAUUCUUUAUGUUUGGUAAUUUAUUUACUAUAUAACCCACAUUUUGUAAGAUUGGGUCGUAAAAGUCUAUGUAGCCGGAUACUAACAAACAUCGACAAGGUACCUUAUUUGAACCAUCCUUCAAGUUAAAAAAUAGUUAUGCGAAUUCUGGUUCGUUCCAAUCUUUCCGGCGACUAAAGCUUUUACAACUUGGAAUCCCAUUGUAACUUGAAUAAAAAAAUAUAAACCGGUUCUAGACGGGUGAGUGGUGUUCAUAAAACUAAACAUAUUUGACCCAUUCGCUCAUGGUUCAGUUUCGUUGCACAUAUGACUUGGAGCCGGAUCUGGAACCCGUGAUCGUAAAGCAUAUAUAUAUUAAGUUUUAUUUUCUAAUAUACCAAGGGUAAUCAUGGCGACACCUCAUCCUCUCAAGGAAAUCUUGCUUCGGAAAAGGACCCCGAAAUGAUAUCGAUUACAACCACGGGUGAAAAAGUCAACCCCAUUUUUAGAUUUCAAGACAUACAACAACCACAACUAUAUUUGAACUUUUUGAAAGGGUUGCAACAACAUUUAGAUCUCAAAAGACCUACUCGGCUCCAAUCCAUCUUUCUGGGGUUAGCAUGUGCGUCACUGUUUCCCCCACUGAUCGUUCAAUGUCCGCCUACUACCGAAAAGAUCAUGUGCUACGUCUUCACCCUACUACUUCACAUUAAGACUGCUGUGAAACAACCACAAGGAUUGUGUAUUGUCCCAAAUUUGGAGGUUGGUGAACAGGAUCUCCGGAUGCGAACACAGUCGGAGCUGCCGGACACAACAGCGUCAACUUGCUUCAACAGGCCAAUGCGGCUGAGGGGAGACAAGACCAACAUGCUCUUCCACCAGGUGGUUUACUUCAACCCCGAGUGUGAUUAUGCGAGGCUAGGACCGUUCCUGGUUGAGGCCAAGAAGGUCCUCACCCCGGACAAACCUUUGACGGCAUACUGCGUCUGUUUGGUCCGCUUACCGAACCUUACCUCAAGUGGACUCUGGAGCAAUUGGGUCAUGAGAAGUGGCUGGUGUGCUCCUCGGAGAUCACCAUCCCCUAGGGUGGUUGAAAGGGACACCCUCUUCUUGUUGUUGGAUGAUUUUUGCUUUGCUUUUUGUUGCUUUCUGGGCGAUUAAUAUAUAUAUUAAGAUAUAACUAGACUAGAUAGUUUGAAGCUUUUGUUCUGGAUCCUCUGUUUGGUUUUGGAUGUCGUUUCUGCAAUUAAUAUAUAUAAUAAGAUAUAACUAGACUAGAUAGUUUGAAGUU